AUGCGGCCGACCAACAAAUCUGAAAUCGCCCACCAGUUUGCUCAAAAGUCGCCCACAGCCCUUCGUGUGCGGACAAGGAGACGAUCUCUCAUAGGUCGCUCCAGAGCUGUGCCCUUUAACGCCGGCUCGCUUGGUUCGCAGCACAAAAGACAGGAGGAUGGUGGUGGAGCUGACCAGCUGAUUGUCUCGCUGCGAGGUGGAGAGCGCGCUACCCACUCGACAGACGCCCCCCUCACCGGCAUCCCCUUGCAUAGGAAUGUCAACGCAUUACAGGAAUAUCUCAUGGUCCUGGCCCCACAGCGCCUCCCCUAUGAUAUUCAGAUAGCCUCAGGAUGGGACACGGGAUACCCCCCAGAGGAAUUGGUCGGAUUGAUGCAAACAUCGGUCGGAAAGGGAUGGCACACACCGAGGUUCGGGAGCUACCCACAGGAUUUGGUGCUGAGGUUCUCUUGCGGACACUCCAGGAUCCGACAGAUUCAGAUCUUGUCGCACCAGUACAAGAUUGCCAGCAAACUCGACUUUUGGAUGGGCUCCUGGAAGGGAACGCAGGAUGUCCAGACGGAUCCUUCAGGAAUGGACACUCAAUCAGGACGUGAGAGUAAUAACGAAUACGACAACAGCUUUCAAAGCAAUGGAGAGAGAACCUUUGGUCAUGGACACGAUAACGACAAUGACGAUAACCGUCGAGGCUCGAGGGACGACAACCAGAAGAAGAAGCUCCCUGUGCUACAGUUUCAGAAGCUCGGAUCCAUCUCAUUCGACAGCAACGCCGCCUCGAAUUACUCGAAGCGCGAACUGCGGUCCAUCAACUUUGACGUCGAGGGCGAGUACCUGCGUGUGGUCAUCCGGCAGUGCCAUGUCAACCCUCUCAAUAUCUACCACCAGGCAACCUUGAACAUUCUCGGAGAGCCACUUGAGGAUGAACUUCUCGGAGAAUCGGAGCGCCUCAACUUUGACGAGUUUGAAGUUGUCAACGGACCCGGCCAUGGUCUUUCAGAGACAUCGCUUGCGCACCCGGCCUUCCCAGUCCCCGAGAUGUCUUAUGAGACACAUGUCCUCUCGGACACAGUACGCGCUUUAUCGAUCUCAGACGUCAAGGAGCAGCCCCUGAACUAUAUGGACCCAGAAAUACAGAAUCUUGUAAGCGGAUUCAUCAAAGCAAAGCAGGAUGCCGUCAGAGUGGAGGAUUUCCCAUCGGCCAAGCGAUUCAAGUCUGGCUACGAAGAAAUGAUAAUGUUUGCGGAAGAAAUUCAGGCGUUUGAUACUCAAAAGUACGAGGCAGCUAAAAACGAGGAGUUUGACUUGGCGCAGGAAUUGAAGGCGAAGGCGGCUGAUGUGAAAGUCAGGAUGUACGCUCAACUUGCCUUGAAUGGAUUCAGUAUCACAUGGACAGAUGCCUCAGCGGUCGUAUCCAUUCCUUCGUUCGAAGAGCAAACAUCUGAAGAGCCAGCGGUGACCGAAAAACCACGUACCAUUGCAAAGAGUCACUCGGCAAGCCAUUUGCCACGAGCGUUGGACCCGCGCAAUUCAUCGAGUGGCAGCGCAGGAAGUGUUGGUCGACGUGAUCCUAUCAACCGAAAGAGCAUCCCCGUUCCUGUCAGUCUAAACCGGAGUCCGUCCAUUACCAGCGAUAACAGCUCAGAUCCGGACAAGACGAGAAGAGAGGAGCAUUCGAACAAUAUCCCUGUGUCAUUACCAAGAUCACAAGGCUCUAGUACAGGACGGCACUCAACAAGCAAUGCCAGUCUCUCAAAGACAUUGUUGCCACCGACUUCUCUGCCAACUUUCAAGAGCCACUCCCGAACUCAGCAAUCGUCAGUAAUACUGGAUAAUAUCAAGGAACUCGGACCACUUGAUCUGCCCGUUCCUUCAACUGCCGGUCCAGACGAGGUGGACGAGGAGAAAUUGUAUCAACUGUCGGAGCAGGAACUAAAAACAUAUACAUUCACACUUGAGGUCUUUUCGGAGAAGAUUGUGUCAUGCCUUAUCAACCGCGAUAUCAGCCAUCGGUUGUAUGCUGUCGAGUAUGUCAAGGAGCACUUGGAGAAUGAACACGUCUCGGAUGAGCCAGAGCAGGCCGGAGAUCGAGCGAUUUUGGCGAGAGCUGUCUUCCAAGUUAUCUUGACCGCUCUGUCAGACACCCGCGAAAAGGUGGUCUCCAUCGCCUUGGCAUUACUCGACCAAGUUGUUCGGUUCUGUGUUCAAAAUGAGGUUCCCAACUCCAUUGCAUACCGAUCACUGGAGCCGAUAUUUGCGCUCUUGCUUGUCAAAGCCUCAGACCUCAACACCCGUGUGGCGCAAGGUUCGAUUGACAGGAUCGUGAUGCUCUGUGAUGAUUUCAGGAGGAAGCCUUAUGCCAUCUUGCCUUUGGUAUUCCGGCCAGCCAGGACAACGGUCCCCUACAGACAGGCCCAGUCACGCGUUGAAAUCGUUGCCAGGCUUGUGGACGAGUUCGGUGUCCAUGACCGAGUUGCCGGUAAAGGGACCGCAGGCGGUCUCGAGUUCGAGAGCAUCACAGAGUUCGCGGUCCCAUAUCUGAGCCAUACCAACGGAGAAGUUCGCGUCGCAACACGCAAGCUUAUUAUUGACGUCUGCAAGUUCUUGAACAAGACCAGAGUCGAGCAGUUUCUUCCUGGCGUCAAACCAUUGCUUAUCGAGAGUAUCCAAAAGGAGCUGGAGCCGAAGAAACGCGACCCUCAUACAUUAGCUCCUUCGUCCUCGCUCGCACCCUCUCGCUCAAUGUCGAUGUCCACCCACAUCCCAUCCAGAUUGGACCUCAAGGCCAAUAUUUCGGACACAUCAACAACCACGACCACAACCAAUUCUUCAACCACCUCGACACGGAGGCGCCAGAUUCCUACGCCUGUCAAGGUGAACCUCCAUAUGGAUUCACUCAAGAGUCUCCUGGUAGAACCAGACUCUCCGGGCCAGCCCAGAUCUGGCCGCCAGUCGUCUCGGCAGCGUUCAGACGCGGCCGUUGCCCACCAAGCACGCCUGAAGAUGCCUCUCCGUUCUUCUAUCAAAGCUACCCAGGCACUCUACUCUGGCGUACCGAAGAGUAUGGUCAAGCGAAACACUGUAAGGUCUCCAGAUGAGGAAAACGAGUCGACUGCCUCUGAGGACAUCAAGCUCAAGAUCCCUCAAGUAUCGCCAUUGUUGUCACGCCCAACCAACCGAACAGUGCAGGAAAGACCCAAGCCAGGCACGCUCAAGACAAAAAUCUCUCGGCAGGAUCAUUCGUCGUCCGAGCACCAGCUCUCCUCGCCAGGAGGUGGAUCUCAACGGAGCACGGAAUCCUCGUCAUCGCCACGACCAUCGACUGGCAAGGACCGGAUGUGUGUCUUUUGUGACGAGCGCAGUGACGCGUUUACGGACGAAGGGCUGGUGAAGCACUACUGGGGAGAGUGCGUCAUGCUUGCUAACUGCCCUUUCUGUAAAAUCAUCAUCGAGGUGCCGACGCUUUCGGAGCAUAUGCUGAAGGAAUGUCCAAGACGGAAAUUUGUCAAGCAGUGUGAAAACUGUCAAGAGAUCAUGGCAGCCGAUACCUAUCUGGCUCACGUUGCCUGUGCUGUCCCGGAAUCGACGGUAAAGUGUCCUCUAUGCCAGGAGGUCAUGUUCCCUGACGGCGAAGCCGCAUGGAAGCGCCACCUGAACCAAGGAUCAGGAUGUCCUAUGAACAAGAAGAAGGCAACUACCCCCGCCACUCCCAAAGCAAGGACUCUCCUCUCCAGCGAUCAACUCCUUUCCCCACCACAUUCCCACAGCGGGUCAACAAUCCCUCGAUAUAGCCACUCUUCGUCGCCAUCGUCAUUGCCGCUCUCGCCGGCAUCCACGCUAUCGAUGCGUUCAUCUUCUUUUGGAGGCGGCGGCACCCCGGCGACGACUACUGCGAGCCGGUACCGGAGCAGCACGACCCUUGCGUCAGCGAAUGUCUCGCCGACGUCUUCGACCAGCUCGUCGUUCAUGCUGGAGAAGUCGGGGAUCUUGCAGCAUAAUAAGAACCAACUGGUGUCCUCGGGGUCGUCGCCCAGUCUUGCGUCCCUUGCUGCUGCCUCUCAUGCCUAUGCCCGUGACAGUUGA